AUGGACAUCCUUCUCUCCCUCCCGAUCGUCUCCUACUUCCUCGCCCCCUCGGUAACCUCCUGGACGACCUCCCUCAACCUCCUCUUCUUCUACAUGACCUGGACGACCCUCGUCCUCUCCCACGGCCCCCUCAAGGUCCAACUCGUCGGCGUCCUCGCCCUCCGCCUCGUCCUCUGGCUGCUCCCCUCCCUCGUCUUCCUCCUCUUCGACACCCUCAUCCCCUCCAUCGCCGAGUCCAUCAAGACCGCCGGCGCCUCCGCCCUCCCGCCCACCCACGGCCCCACCCUCCUCCGGACCCUACUGCUGGCCCUCUUCAACCUCGCCCUGGCCGCCGGCGUCGAGGGCGGCGUGAGCCUCGCCUGGGCCUCCUACUUCCGCGAACCCCUCUUCCGCGCCUCCACCGCCCUGCCCCUGCCCUUCCAGCUCCUCAAGCACAUCGCCCUCCUCGUCGCCGCCCGCGAGGUCCUGACCUACUACCUCCACACGCGCCUCCUCCACGCCCGCCGCGGUGGCCGCCUCGCCAAGCUGCACGCCUCGUACGCCCACGCCCGCGCCGCGCCGCCCUUCUCGCUGAUGCUCUUCGCCGACCACCCGCUCCCCUUCCUCCUGCACCGCGUCGCGCCCGUCUUCCUCCCCGCCGUGGCCCUGCGCCCGCACCUGCUGACGUACUUCCUGUUCGUCGGCUUCUGCACCGUCGAGGAGACCAUGGCCAUGUCCGGGUACAGCGUCGUCCCGGGCAUCGUCAUGGGCGGCAUCACGCGCCGCACGGCGAUCCACUACGCCGGCGGGGGGCCGGGAACUACGGCGCGUGGGGGUGCUGGACUGGGCGCACGGGACGAGCCAGGGGCAGGACGUCGUCGACGACAUGCGCGCCGAGGCGGACAAGCACCGCGUCAAGGAACGCGGGGAGAGGGCUGCCGGCAGCGGCGCCGGGUUCUUGCAGGACGGGAUCCAGGAGCUCAAGAAAGGCCGGGGUCGCAGGGCCAAGAAGAGCGGUUGAGAGGGGUGGGCGGUGCCCGCUCGUCUCGUUUGGUUGCAAACGGAAAUGGCUUUGUUUUGGUCUGGCGGUAA